AUGGAUGAUAAUGAUUUAGGCGAUUUUGGAUCCGAUCCUUAUGAGUUUGCCAACGUGAUUGGCGAUGUAGAUCAACCCUUGUACCUUGGUUCUAAAUUGUUGAUACUUCAAGGAGAUUUGCUUCCAAAAGGAAAUACAAUACCUUCCUCUAUGUAUGAGGCAAAAAAGACUUUGUGUGCAUUGGGGAUGGAAGGAAGGCAAAUAUUCAAUCUUGAAAUAGGGUGUCCCAGCAAAGGUAGUGUGGUAUUUUCCACCAAUUCCAAGAUUUAA